AUUUUUUGAGUACUAAGAGUAAGGUGCUGUUAUGUCGAUAAAGGCCGCUAAUCCUUUCACAAGUGUUUGUUACCAACAAGAAACUUGUAGAAGCUAACAAUAAUUAAACUAAAAAAAGACUAGAGACUAUAUUAUACCUACUCACUUUGUACAACCAACCUCUUCAGUAUGUAAGCAUUUAUUUAACUUAAAUAUGGGUAUUAUUACAUAAAAGUUUAAUAAUACAUUUUAUUUCAAGUUAUUUACAUCAUAAUGUGGGUGAAAACUGUAAGUAUGGCAAUACUCAUAAUGUCAAAUUUGACAUCUGCCAUUUUGACAGAUAAUUAUUGAUUGUAUGUGUAGGGUUCAUUACAAUUAUUUUACUUUAAGCCGAACUUAAAAAAAUUAACAAAAUCAUCAUAAUGAUCCAGAUUUAUUAUUGAUUUAACUAUACAAAUUAAUUAUUUAUUUGUAUAAUGUGCUUUCCGAUAUCAUAACAUAGUGCUUAAAUGUUUUACGUACCAGUUCUUCUCAAACACAGUGUUGACAGCACCUUACUUCGUAAACGCAAAUAAAGAGAAGAAGUCAAGGAAAACGCUAUUGAGCGGUUAUUAUGUUAUUCCUUCUAUUAUAAUUUUAAGUGAUUUAAUGGUUUAAACAAUUAGAAAGUAAUGCAAAAGUGUUUUUUAUUGUAAGCGAGUAUUUUUUGUACCAGUCCACAUCAACACGCCACAUGGAUCAAGGCUACACGUACAGCGGCUGGGACGAGGGUGCGCGCAUCCGCUCGGGGACGGCUGAUGAUGAUGACGAUGACGACGAUGAGGACGACACGCACAGCGACGACGGACCGCUCCUGCAUUACAAUAACGAGAAGUGCCGCCGCUACCCGUCCCACUGCGAGCGCGAGCGGCGGCGACCCGCGCCCGGUCUGCUCGUGAAGAUGUCGCUGUUCUGCGCCGCCAUGAUCAUGUUCUGUGUGCUCAUGUACAUACCCAUGUAUAGCCGGGUCAUCGACCAUAUGCCUAAAGAUAUAGUAGCUGGCUGGACCGUCCACACAAACCGUGAUACAAAAAUAUAUGUACAACCCGACAACGUAACUACCCUGUUUGAGCCGACAGGCGUUUGCUCAUCACACAACAAGAAAAACAAACUCUUUUUACUCAUCAUAGUCUGUUCAUCCACAAAUAACUUCGAAAGAAGAAUAGCCAUCAGAGAAACCUGGGGCAACUAUCAGAAGUAUCUAGAAAUAUCCAAAAUUUACACGAAAAUUAAAGAAAAGUAUAAAAACUACAACUUCACAUACGAUUUAUAUCCAGAACCGACGGUUUUGAGUGUGAAUGCUACUCAAGAACUUAACAGAACAAAAAGAGAUGUAGGUUUUGGUUUGUUGCUGCCAAAAAUAGCUGAGGCAUUGAAGAAGAAUCUAGAACAAGUUAAAACGGAAGAGGUGACUGAAGAAAAGAGGUUUGACGAUGAUAAUAACGGUAUAACAGACUUUGAUAUGAACAAAGAGUUAGAGAAACAAGUAGAUAAUAAUGAAAUAGAUAAUUAUGAUUAUGAAGAGAGUAACGUUAUGCGAAUACCGCCCAACGGUGAUGAAGACAAUCCAGACUUAGAUAAAGUUAUUAGUAUGCUGAAGAAAUCUAAUUUCAAAGUUAAAGUUAGUGAGGUUAAGGAAGAGAAUGUCGAGUCUUCAAAAGACGGACAUUUAGAUGUAGAAUUCAAAGUGGCUUUUUUACUAGGAUUACCCAAUGACCCUAAAAGUAAUAAUUCUAAUUUACAAUUGAAAAUUGAGGAGGAGGUGGCUAAAUAUGGUGAUAUUAUUCAAGAGAACUUUAUAGACUCGUAUAAUAAUCUCACGUUGAAGUCGAUUAUGAUGUUGAAGUGGGUGACGCACCACUGCAAUGAUAGUCUUCGCUACAUAUUAAAAUCAGAUGAUGAUAUGUACAUAAAUAUGCCGAAUCUCAUGGCGACGCUCAAGAAUAGAUCUAAAGAGUAUGAGAAGAAGGUCCAAAAUGGGCUGAGGAAGCCGGAGUACCUCCUGAUGGGUGAUCUAAUCAGUGGAGCGAAGCCGGUGCUCGAUGCUAGUAAUAAAUGGUUCAGUCCCCGCUACAUGUAUUCCGGGCGCGUGUACCCGCGUUACCUCUCCGGCACGGCCUACGCGCUGAGCGCCGCCGCCGCGCACGCGCUGUACCGCGCCGCGCUCCACACGCCAUACUUCCAUCUGGAGGACGUCUAUAUCACUGGUAUGUGCGCGCUCCGCUCCUCCCCCCCCAUCGCGCCGUCCGGGGCGGCGGGGUUCUCCCCCCGCGCCCCGCGCCGCGCCCCCUGCGUCGCGCACGCCGCCGUGACGUCACACCGCGUCACUCCCGAGGCUAUGCGCCGGAUCACCGAGGCCAUGCUGCGGACACAACAUGUGGACAGAUGUGAGAGAAUGCGUCUGACCCAGGUAAGACGAGAAAGACUACGGCCGAAAGUGCAGCCGAAAAAGUUAACUAAAUUCGGAAAAAGUCUAGCGAUCCUAUAACGCCGCACUGUGGGGUUACCACCACCGAACAUUCGCAAUUAACAAUCCUUAAUUGCUAAUGUGUCGGUGGUGGUAUGGUAGCUGUACUAACAAAACGCCUUAAACCCAUAUUUAUUCUAAGCCAGGGUUACGCCAAAGUUACACUAAUCUUGACUUAACCCUGGGGUGCUCAUGUCAAAAUAGGUACAUUGCAGUGGGCUUAAAAACAGGCUAGCUAACAGUAGCCCUUUAGACUAGGUAAACAAGCCAUGACAUCACUGAUAUUAAUCACUUUUAAAAAUGAUAUUAUUAUUUAUUUAUAAUUAUUAUCUUAAGCCUAUCAUUUCAAUUGAGUUUUGACUUUUGAAAAUGUACCCGUCCGAAAAUUUAAAUUUUUUAAUGAAAUUCCGGUGUAGAAUCCCUGAAGGAAGGAUAAUUUUUUGACGAAUGCGUUCCAAGUUAUAAAAAUACUGUUAUUAAUGAUGAAUCUCGUAUACACUAAGUUUAAUGCAAAUAGCAUGUACCUAUUUAUCUAUUGCUUUCCGCAAAUAAGUUAUUUUAUAUCAGUCGCAAGGUUAGUAGAAUAUCAAUUAAUCCACCAGAACACCUCAAGAUCGUUAUGAAUAGAAAUUUGUGUAUUGACACACGUAUAUUUUGAAUGCAUUAAUUAUAGUACAGCAUGGGGCAAAAAAUCUUGACCCCUUUCAGAGUGAUAAUUAUAAAAAUAUAGUAAUUAAUUAUAAAAGAUAAAUAUUGCGUCUAUCUUGCGUUCCCAACAUAUAAAAAAUCAUAACUUCUCGAAGCGUUUCUCCAAAAAGUAAAAAUACGAAUAUGAUCAGCUGGGUAAUGCCUGUUUGGAGAACCUAGAAUCAAUAAUAUAAUGCCUACAAUUUAGAAGUUAACUUGCAAAAAGGUCAAAAAUUACUUUUACUAAAUCUAAAAUAAAUUGUACAUUGUAGGUAUUUGGUUCUUACUGCUAGGUUCUAAGAAAAGGCCGUAUCUUGAUGAACAUUUACGUAUUUUUACUUUUUGUAAAAUCGAUUUUGAAGAGAAGUUAUGAUUUUUUUAAUGUUGAGAACGGAAGACAGACGCAAUACAUUGCCUUUCAAGAGUAGGGGGGCAGGUUUAUUUGUCCUGGUUUGUACCUUCAUACAAUAGUUACCAGUAAACGUUGGCUUGUAAUUGUAACUAAAUAAUUAUAAUAUAAUUAUUGCCUUAAUAUAGUGCAAAGCGGUAAUAAUAAGAUAUUAGCAGUAGUUAGGUAUAAAAUGAAUUGUUGGACGUGUUUUGUUUCAAAUAAUAUUUAUAUUUAAGUCUUAAUACGUAAACAUAUCUCUAUUUCAUGCUCCGAAAUUUUAAGUAUUUGUUUUAAAAAUUGUUAUAAUAUUUUUAUUUGAAAUUUAGUUUGAUUUAACAUGCCUUGUAAUGUACAGAUUUAUUAUUAAAUUGUUAUGUUAAGGCUUAGAAACAUGUGCAUUUAAUCACAUUAGUGUUUUCGUUUUUUUUUUGGGUUUUUUUAUCGCUUUAAAUUAAAUUCACUUUUAUUACCUUGAGAAAUGAAAUAAAUUUCCGCGAAAUAAGCUUAAUUUAAUUAAUUGUGAAUUAUCUAAAAGCGAUAAAAAUAUCAGCUUGCUUGUGUGCUUGCCGUUAAAAAAACAACUAAUAAGCUUUUUACACUAACGCUUUUUUAUAAAAGAACAUAUUUUUUGCAUUUUUUUUAUUGUGUUGUUUAUUUUGCUUUACGUUACUUCCAGAUGUCGUCCCGAGAGUCCUGGGUAAAAGCUUUGAAUAAAAAAGUAUUUUCUUUUUGGCGUUAAAAGCUUUUAAAGCUGUUUUUUAUAACGAUAAUAUUUUUAUAUAAAAAAGUGCCUGACGAUUUGGCCCAGCGAUUACGCAAUAGCAAAAAUACAUUUAUUUUAUUAUACUUUUAUAUAAUUUUCAUAGAAAUUUGAAAAAUAUUAUACGUUAAUGAAUUUUAUUAAUAGUUUAUUAAAUCACUCAAUUAUAUUUUAAAGGCUCGAACAAAAUGUAGAUACAUAGACAUGUAGAAAGAAUAGGUUAACAAAUUUAUAUAAUGAAGUCAUUUAUAAUACAUUAUGUUUUAUUUACAUUUUGAAAUAACUUAAAUUUACUAUAAUUUUUAUACUUUGAAACUUUUUAUUGGUUGUGUUUGGACUAUGUAUGACACGUAUGAUGUCAGAUAUAUUAAUUACUAUUAUUACUUUUUGUAAAAGCACUAUUCAUUCUAUGGUGAAUGACCUUUUUAGGCCCAGG